AUGGCUCCCAUGGAACCUUCUCCGCGAAAGCGGAUGUCCCCCGACAGCGAUAGUGGCAGCAACCUCGAUGAGCCUCCAAGCAAGAGAGUACGCAUAGAGCCUACUCUUCCAAAGACACCACCCCCCGAAGAAAUAAGCAGCGAUGGCGCGCAGAAAGUCCUCUUCCCCGACGACCUCCCUCACGAACUCUUGCGACAUUCAGUGGGCUUGGUAUUGAAUCAUGUUGGCUUCGAUUCAGCUUCACCAGAGGCUUUAGAAGCUCUAUGCUCUCAGGCUGAAACAUAUGCUGCCCAUUUUAUCUCAAAGGUCACCAUGUCCAUGUUGAACGCCAGGAGAUCGUUCACCAACCCACUGGACUACCAAUACGCUCUCGCAGAAUUCGACCUCCCUAUAGCUUCUUUAGAACCACAUCUUCGCCCUCCGAUAGCAGCAGAUAAGCUUCUCAUCCAGCUAGAACCACUGCCUGCCGAAGAAGAGCCUACGUCGACCCCGCGGAUCGACUUACUGUUGGGAGGAGAUCUCAGUGGAGAGCCUGACAAGCUAGCAAGACCUUACGUACCGAAGAAAUUCCCUUCAUUCCCAAGCAAACAUACCUACAAGUGGACCGAGACGGAGAGUGCGCGCGAAACAGAUCCUAGGAAGAUUCGAGAAGAGGCGGCAAAAGCUGCUCGGCAUGGGGAGGAAGCACUUCGACGUCUGAUGAAGGUAGCAAAGGCUGGAAAAGAAAAGGAUGUCAAAAUUGCUGCUAGCAAAGACCCUAAGAGUAAAGAGAGGCAUAAGUUGUGGGAGCAGACAAUGGAGGAUCUUGUAAGUGGUCAGGCGUAUCUGGGCAAGAUCGGACAGCAUGCUGGCGAGGAGGAUGAUCGAGGUCUGAUCGUCAAUGCCGAUAGGUUGUUCUACAGAAAGGGAGCACCAGUGAGGAGAAAACAACCGUUUGAAGUAAGACCGACGAUUGAAAUUGGAUAG